AUGGAUACCGAGCAGAAGACGACAUCAAGGCUUGAAAAUGGCCCCACCAUUCAGAAACUGGACUUUGAACACGAAGAGCAAGCUGCUCAGGGGACCGCAGCUGAAUCUCGCAUGUCAAUUUGGCAAGCUCUCCAAUUCUACCGCAUUGCCGUCAUGUGGAGCGCCAUAGUCAGCAUGGCUACCGUCAUGGAGUCUUACAUGUUGAUUCUUGUCAACUCCUUUUACGCAUACCCCCAAUUUCUGCAGAGAUUUGGUGAGAGACUCGCCGAUGGUUCCUACACGAUCUCAACCACUUGGCAGAUCUCCUUGACUAUGUCCAGCUUGGUAGGCAUGAUUGGCGGCGUCUUUCUCAAUGGGUUGCUUAUUGAUCGCUUCGGCUAUCGGCUGACCAUGAUGUGUUGUCACAUCCUUCUCAUCGGCUUUGUUUUUAUCAUGUUCUUUGCAACCAGUAUUCAGGUUCUUUUGAUUGGUUGCUUGUUCAUAGCGAUUCCUUGCGGCGUGUUUGCUGCUGCGACGCCUGGCUAUGCCGCCGAAAUCUGCCCCAUGGCAUUGCGCGGGUAUCUUACGAGUUUUGUCAACCUGAACUGGGUUAUAGGCCAUUUGAUUGCCGCCGGUGUGCUCAUGUCCAAGCUCAAUGACCCAACGGAGUGGUCUUGGAGAUUGCCAUUGGGCGUGCAGUGGAUUUGGCCGCCAUUCCUGGCCGUUGCCUGCUGGUUUGCUCCCGAGUCCCCUUGGUGGCUGGUUCGCAAGGGCAACACGGAAGAAGCAACAAGGGUACUCGAGCGAAUCAUAGCUGCACCAGACGAGACAAUCAGCAAGUCUAAUAUUGUUGCCAUGAUCAGUCAUACAAUUGCCACUGAACGCAGCAUCGGAAUCGGCAGUACGUACUUGGACUGUUUCCGGGGAACCAACCGUCGCCGUACAGAAAUCGCCAUGGUUAGUUGGGGUUGUCAAAUCCUUCCCGGAUUUGCUAUUCAGAACUAUAUCACCUAUUUCUUCACCUUGGCGGGGCUUUCCCCUUCCAACUCCUUGAAAUUGGCGCUGGGAAACUACAGUAUCGCAUUUUUAGGUACGGUACUCUCUUGGUUCGUUCAGCGCAGGUUUGGACGCCGCGACAUUUAUCUCACGGGACUGCUGGUCAUGGUGUUCCCAAUGGCACUUGUCGGAUUCCUCGAUUUGGCGCCAUCUUCCUCAACCAUUCGUUGGGUGCAGUCUGCAUUACUUUUAGUCUGGUUCUUUUGUUAUGGCAUCACGAUUGGACCAAUUCCUUACGCUAUUGCUGCAGAGGUCGGAGCUGUCGAACUUCGAUCCAAGACCAUAUCACUUGGCAGGAAUACGUACUACUUUCUCUCCAUCCUCAACACCAUUGUUGCACCCUACAUGCUCAAUGCUUCGGCCGGCAAUUUGAAAGGCAAAGCCGCAUUUCCAGCAGCAGGGUUCACAUUGAUUCUGGCUGUUUGGGCAUUCUUCAGACUUCCAGAGACCAAAGGACUCACACCUGAGACGCUCGACCGUCUGUUUGUUGCAAAGGUGCCUGCAAGACGGUUUCUGGCCGAGUCUGGACAAUAUUCCAAUGCAGCAGAGUAA